AUGGCGAAGGAGUCGCAAGGAACGGACGCCGACAACUCCAUGCGCGAUGCAUCCGUCCAUGCGUCAGAACAGUCGCACUCCAGACUCACAGCACUUCUCCACGCCGUGGAUCGACCCGCGGACGAUUCAUUGGGCGCGGAUCAAGAGGAGUUCAUCAGGCUACUAUCCGAUGAGGCCUCCCCGACCUCGUCACUACACCAUGAAGUCUUGCAGUGCAUUUCUGCGCUCUUUACACGAGCCAAACGUGACUUUUCCCGGGACAUGUUCCACCUUCCCCCAGGACACUUCACGUUUCAGUCCUUUUCGACCGGCUGCUCGUACUUGUACACCCACGCAGCGUCCGUCAACGCUGCACCCCUGACCAGUCCAAUGGUCAUGGAAGUUCGUCGAAUCGUCCACACGUUGCUGGGAUUCCAGCCGUGCUUUCGAACCACUGAUGGGACCAUGAACCUCCACGUCCUUGUCACCGCAUGGAAAAACACAACAAAGUUGUGCAAAACCUUCAGUGCGCACAUCGCGAUCCCUGAAAACGCGCCUGCCAUCGCCAACCUCAUUGGAUACGUUCAGACGUCCGCCUUGGACACGGUGCGAUUCCUUGACGGCUGCCUUUCGACCGCCCUUCCGCUCGACAGCACCGCCAUAACCCACAAUAUACAGGGAGCCCGGGUACUGUUCAAGGCACUGCAGGGGCUUGUGCACACAUUCGCAAACGUCAUGUCUUCGUCCGAGAUUGAGCGGUAUUGGGGGAGCAUGGGCCAUGUAUUAGCCGUGUUGCUUCCUCCGCAACCAGCGCAGCCGUUGGAUCCCGCGUGUCGACAACAUUGGACCAGUUUAGUGGACGACGUUUCGAACUGCAUCCAGGCGUCGCUGUCGUUGGGCGACCCGACAACUGAACGGGGGUUGAAAACGUUUGAAACGGGCCUUCUAGGAUCGAUUCAAUCGACCGAUCCAUCCGACCAGGUGCUGCAUCUCCUGGCGGCAUAUGCGCGGUAUUGCGUCGAGAGGACUCCAAGUGGAGAAUGGGACGAUUGUCGCCACGUGGCAGCGUGGGAUGGCAUCCUGACCGCCCAGUUGGCGUCGACUGGUUUGCAAUAUCAAUGUACAAUGAUGAUGACUUUGGGGAUGGAAUCGAUGCUGCGGCUGCUGUUUGAUGCGAAUCAACAUGGAUCCCAAGCCCUGCAGUUGCGUCUGUUGCAGCAUACGUUUCAAAGCGACUCCAUUAGUCAUCGGCCCUUGUGCCGCGUUGUGUGGAUGCAAGCGCUGCAUCUGUGGAACCAAUUCGACGAUGGCGGCGGCGGCGGGUACUCCGACGACAUUGUGCGCCUCCUGCUCGACUUGAUGAUGUGCGACGAUGAUAAUCUGGACAUGGCCCAUCGCAUAACGAUUGGCGAUUUGAUCGUGGACCUGUCUGUAGCCAUGCAUGCGUCUCAAAAGAUGCUCAUCGUUGAUUCAGUAUCCACCGUCGUUGAGCGCAUCUGUGCGGACGGACCGAGCCACGCAUUUGGCCGAGUGGACCAAGCUAAGCUGUGUCUGCUAGAACGCUUUUCGCGCUCGUUGCUCGACGGGGUGGAUGACGCGUACCGGGUGGUGUACACUGAAAAGUACAUGCGCAUGUGCUACGAAUGCUGUGGCACGGCCGUUCAAAUCAUCGAGCAAGCGAGCGACGACGGCCUGUGGCGGAUUGUGGACGCGACGUUGCUGGUUCUGGGGGGGAUUUUCUCGUCGCAUGCGGUGGACGACUCGACGGACGACGACGACGUCCAGGCUUGUAUAGCCGAGACCAUGCCGAUGCUUCUCCAAGUGCUGGACCAACUAGCCACAUUGACGUGCCCCCCUGGUCCAAGUCAGCGACGAAUUGUUCACACCAGUCGAUCCUUGUUGACGUCGUUCCACCACGGACUCAAACGAAAUCAACAAAACCAUUUGGUUGUGUUGCUGGAUGCGCUGCUUCGGUUAGCUCAGUGGCCAUCGAUGGGUGUUGCCGUGGCUGGUUGGAUGAUCUGGCUCGGGGACGUUCAAGUGCCUCCACACAUGGACGAAUUCGCGGCGAUGCUAUGGAAACACUAUUGCAAAGUGUUUUUCGCUCUGCUUGGUUCAAGCGACUGGCCCGUCGUUUGCACAACUUUAGAAGCGAUCAGUGUGGUUUUAUCCGACUCGUCCUUGCCGCUUCAGGCCAACGGCAUCUGUCAAGACCUCCACGAGGCCGCGAGUGUAUUGUCGGAGUACAUCGACAUCAAGUACAACAAAGAAACAACAACCGCGGAUCCUGCCAAGUUGCGGAAACGUACCCAAUCGCAACUGGACCGCCUGGGCGACGCAUGUGCAAGAGUGAAGCGAGCGUGCUCAAUGCAUCCGCGACUCCUCGACGACCACAAGAUCCAUGUCGCCCUUGAUAAUGUCACUGGCCUCUUGGACAACCUCGUGCAAACCCUCGAAAUGAGCGACAGAUAG